AUGGAAUGUGUCCCUUUUGCCCUCCAGGCUCUCUCUGAAACAUGCUGUCCUCCCUUCACGAAAACCAUUUACUAUGUUUCAGGUCAGAGACUGUCUCGAAUAGUGAAGGAUAUGAACCUCAGUCAGGGAUGUUUGUCCCAGUCAGGCUUGACCAGCCUUCGCACUCUCGCCAACCUUGCCCUUCUCUUGGAUGUCCGAGAUGCCUCCGACACAAGCUACCUACUGGCUCUCCAGAACCUCUCUAGUGAGCUGACAAAGACGGCCGAGACCAAGACACAGGAGGAGCGAUGUCUGGCUGAGUUCACACAAAAGUCAAAGUCUGCCCUGCACAAGUACAACUCCUUGCUCAAAACUCUCCAUCACCUGGAGGAGAAAAGUGUCACUCAACGUCCAGAGACUGAGAAGAGACGGAAGAAAGUGAGCUUCCUCAUCGACAAGGCCAAGCAGUACAAGGGCUCCAUGCAGAAGCUUCAGGCAGAACUAACCAGGGUGGGAGCUGACCCCUGGCUGUACCACCAGACACUGGUGAAGAAAUCAGAGGAGCUCCAGGCUCUGAAGCAGAAAAUAGCACCUCUAAAAACAAAGUUGCAGAUGUACUAUGAUCUACCACCUGUGAGUAUGAAACAGUCCUUCAGAACUGAACUGUAA